UAUAUAUAUACACACACGUUCAAAUCAUUAAUCACAUCUUUAACAUAAAAAUCAUAGAGAAAGAGAGUAGUAAGAAAAAAAUGGGAAGAAGAAGAAGCUCACCGUCUUCAUCGAUAGAAAGUAGCUGCAAAAGCAACCCAUUUGGUGUCUCUUCGAGUAAUACUCGGAACCUAAGCACGGACCUGAGGCUCGGACUUAGCUUCGGAUCAUCGUCCGGACAGUAUUACAACGGUGGAGAAAAUCAUGAUGAAUAUGGAGUCGUUGCGGCUGAUCAUGAAAUGAUCAUUGAAGAAGAAGAUCAAAACGAGUGUAAUAGUCUCGGAAACUUCUACGUGAAGGUGAACAUGGAAGGUGUUCCUAUUGGAAGAAAAAUCGAUCUAUUUUCUCUUAAUGGAUACCAUGAUUUGAUCACAACUCUCGAUUACAUGUUCAACGCCUCAAUCCUAUGGGCUGAAGAAGAAGAGAUGUGUAGCGAGAAGAGUCAUGUGCUAACGUACGCAGACAAGGAAGGUGACUGGAUAAUGGUUGGAGGUGUUCCUUGGGAGAUGUUUUUGUCUAGCGUGAGAAGACUAAAAAUCUCAAGAGCGUAUCACUACUGAUAUAAAAAGUAAAGCAAAGAUGGAAUCUAGGAUUUGACCAAUACAGUGUGGGAAGAAAGUUUUGUCAUGAUGUAAAUCACUUGUUUGUCGGAGAUUUAUUCAAAUUCAAAAUUUUGUUUUUAGUUUGUUACUUAAUGUUAGUAUUAUUCGGUUGUAACU